CUGGGUCAUACUUGAGAUUUUUCUAUUCGGCAUUUCUGGCGUUCUACCGUUAUCGUGUUCGAUUAUAAUUCGAUCGAAUCUCGACACAUUUAAAGUCACUUGAUCGAUCGAUGGGUAUUAAUCAUUGAGGCAACUGAAUGCAGUUAAUAAUUAUUAAUUGCAAUCCAUGAAUUUGUCUUGCAUUAAACCUGAACUUUGACUUCCGAAGUUGAUUAUUCACGAUUUUUCUCAUUUAUACAUCAUGUUUUAAUUAUGGCGUUGCAAUUAUUAACCGAACAGCAUAUUUUAAUACGUUCUUUGUUGAUGAAAAGAAGAUCGGUACUUGUUCAUGAUUCUCAGACAUUGAUUACAAGAAAUGGGAACAAGAUUCCAGAGUGUUAGUUAAUAAUCAAGAGUAAUAUAAUUAAUUUGAGAGUUAUAAGUUUCGUGUUAAGAUGUCUCGAUCCCAUGGUGCAAAUUCUUAUGAUUCGAGAGGUGGUAGGCGAAGUGGAAUAAAUCGUGGUCACAAAACAGGACGAGGGCCACCAUCGGGUGUUUCGGUACAUUCAGACCAAAGCCAUUCGCAUAGAGGCCACCCCCCACAUUUGAAAGGGAAAGAUAUUGGACUGUAUUACAGAGAUAAAGCAAGACAGCGAAAUGCAAAAAAUACUUGCAAAGUUAUCAAAUUAAAAGAAAAUGUUGAACAAGAAAUCAGAGCGUUACUUGAAAAUACUAGGAACCCAUUUAUUAAACAAUAUGGAGAUGUCAAUGAUGCUGGUUCCUCAAGCGAUGACGUGGAAAAGAAAUAUGCACAGAUGGAAUCUCAAUUAAAAAAAGAAUUUUUACAAAUUUUAUCUGGUAGUAUGCAAAAUAAUCUAGCAAUGUCGGUAUUGAGAGAAUCUAAAUUGAAAAGAAAUGAUACAAUGAAUAAGAAGUUAUUAGACGAGCUCAAAGCAAGAGAAACGUCAAGUGAAUAUACACACAUGUUACAAUUUCGAAAAAAACUUCCAGCCUACAAAAAGAAAGAGGAAAUUAUUAAAUUAAUUAAUGACAAUCAAGUCAUUGUCAUCAGCGGUGAAACAGGAUGUGGUAAAACAACACAAGUUGCUCAGUUCAUGCUUGACGAUCAAAUUGAGCAAUUCAAAGGUAGCGAAACAAAAAUAAUAUGUACUCAACCACGAAGAAUAUCAGCAAUCUCCGUCGCAGAGAGAGUUGCUGCAGAAAGGGCAGAAAGACUUGGACAUUCAGUUGGCUUUCAGAUCAGACUUGAAAAAGUUUCAGCUAGAGACCGUGGAAGUAUUUUAUAUUGUACAACUGGAAUGUUAUUACAAUUUAUGCAGAUCGAUCCUGCUUUAAUGGAUUAUUCUCACAUAAUAUUAGAUGAGAUUCAUGAAAGGAGUACAGAGUGCGAUUUUAUACUUGCUCUGUUGAAACAUGUUAUACCUAAGAGACCAAAUCUAAAAGUAAUUUUAAUGAGUGCUACGCUUAAUUCUGAGCGGUUUUCUCAGUAUUACAAUAAUUGCCCCAAUAUUCAUAUACCAGGAUUUACGUACCCUGUAGAAGAGUUAUAUUUAGAAGAUGUACUUGCAAUUACUAGGUUUCAGUUCCCUGAACAACCAUCACAGCCGGUUAACUAUAGAAAACAUUCACAGAAGUUUAAGAAGGAACAGCGGAAACGGGAUGAUUUCCUUGACUUUGUCGCUCCUUAUGUACGUCAUCUUCGUUCAGAGAAAAAAUAUCCAGAAUACGUUCUAAGUCAACUAAAGAAUCCAAACAGUGAGAAUCUUUCUCUUGAUCUCAUAGAUCAACUAGUGAGAUACAUAUGUAUGACUCAAGGACCUGGGGCCAUUCUAAUUUUUUUGCCUGGUUUGAUGGAUAUUUCAAAGUUACACAGGAUGAUGUUAGAGAGCGGUCAAUAUCCUCAAAACAGGUACAUUAUAUACUGUCUGCACUCUCGAAUGCCCACGGUUGAUCAAAAGCUCAUAUUUAAUACACCGCCAAAUGAAGUUCGUAAAAUAAUAAUUGCAACCUCAAUUGCUGAAACAUCAAUAACGAUAGAGGAUGUUGUAUACGUAAUCGAUUGUGGAAAAACGAAGUUAUCAAGAUUCGACGUGGAAAAUAACAUGCAAACUCUGGAAGCAGAAUGGUUGUCUUUAGCUAAUGCUAAGCAGAGACGUGGCCGAGCGGGCAGAGUUAAACCAGGAAUUUGUUACCACCUCUAUACAAAAGCUAGAGAGAUGACAUUUGAUCAGUAUCCUUUACCUGAAAUGUUAAGAACUCGACUCGAAGAAGUUAUAUUACAAGAAAAAAUUCUUCAACUAGGAGACGUGGCUUCGUUUCUUUCUUCUGUUAUGGAUCCACCAGAUUCAAAAGCUAUAGAAUUAUCUCUUGAAUUAUUACGAACACUUAAUGCUCUUGAUGAGAGGGAACGUUUAACUCCUUUAGGCUAUCAUUUAGCACAAUUACCACUUGAUCCUAGAACAGGUAAAAUGAUUAUACUAGGUGCUCUUUUUUCGUGUGUGGAGCCGAUCUUCGCAAUAGCUGCUAGUCUAUCGUUCAAAGAUGCUUUUUAUUGCCCUCUUGGGAAAGAGGAUGAAGCUAGAAAGAAGAAACUUGAAUUAGGGCGAGAUCAGCUGAGCGAUCAUGUGGCUCUUGCCGAAGCCUUAAGACGAUUUGAACUGGCCUAUAAUAGAGGCUACGCAUCAUCAUUUUGCAGAGAAUAUUUUCUCUCCUUUAAUACACUUAAACUUCUCUGUGAUAUGAAAAGUCAAUUUGCUCGACACUUAUGCGAAAAGAAGUUCUUAUACAGUGAUGAUCCGAGGGACGAUCGCGCUAACAGAAACUCAAGUAACUUGGCGUUGGUGAAAGCUAUCGUUUGUGCAGGAUUAUUCCCAAACGUGGCUGUUAUCAAGAGCGUAGGAAAAUUUGGAGUAAAAGCGACAACACCCGAAGACGGUACAGUGGCAAUUCAUCCAUCAAGUAUAAAUGAAAAAGACUUGCCCAAAGUGUGUAUUGGUCACUACAUGACAUACUUCUUAAAGAAACGCUCAACAGCUAUCUAUCUGCAUGACACAACUAUAGUCAGUCGUAUGGCUUUAAUACUUGCAGGACCAAACAGUUCGAUAACUAACAAAUCAGGGAAAUGUCUUGUUACAUUAACAAACUCCCUUGCUUUUCCUUGUGAUCCUGGAACUGCUCAAAUUAUUCAGAAAUUACGCGAAAAGUUGGACCAACUCCUAGAGUAUAAAAUCACUCAUCCAGGUUCCGUACGAUUGGAUGGACAAGAAGGAAAUAUUCUGAAAGCGUUCGUGAUUCUGAUGAUCCACGGAGAUGAAGAUAUGGAGCUAGGUAUUCCGAAAAAUGAUAUAGCUUCGUUUGGAAGCGGUAGUCAAGAGUCUCUUGAGGAUUAUGACUUUUAGAGUGAACACGAGUAUUUGUAACUGCUCUUAAAAUUGAUUUAGAGCCGAGUCUCUCCGUUAUCGCGAUACCUGUAAACUUUCAAGGGACUAGGAUGCGGUUUGUGCCAAUAGCAUAAUUUAAUAUAAUAAUUAUGGAGUGUAGUAACAGUACAUUUAAUGUACGAAAGUUAACAAAUCGUUUAUGGCAGUUGAGCGGAUUCCUUUUGUCAACGUUUCGUAAGUUUUAAAUAGUUAACCUAUGAUUCUGUGUAAAUUAUACAUCGAUGUUUAGUGUGUCUACUUAUUAUUAUUAUUUAAGUAAUGUUAAACUAAUCAGCUCUUAUAUAAAUAUUUCUUGUCCUUGCGAAGAUUUAUUCAUCCUCUAAUGAAAGAUGAAGAGAUAAUAACGUAGAAAAUACCCCCAUUUUAAGAAUACGGUUAUAAAAGCCAAACCGAGUAUACAAACUCAUUAAAGUAGAGUAUGCAAGU